CGGCGGGUGGCAGUAGUUCCCCGUUAAGCAACCCGUGCUGUUUUCAUAACGAACGCAAAUGGAGCUGAUCAAUCUUAUCUUGGCGGCAUUCGUGAGCUUAUCGCUCAUUAUUUUCUAUUUCUUGCGCCGCCUGCAGAGUCAAUGGUCGCGACUAGGAAUACCGGCUGCCAACCGGCCGCAUCUGCUAUUCGGCAACGUGAAGGGUCUCGGUCAAACGGAGCACAGCUACAGCAUCUUGCAGCGGUUGUACUGGGAGUUCAAACAGCAAAAAUUGAAGGUGGGAGGUUUUAUGAACUUCUUCCAACCGGCUAUCCUAGUUAUCGACCCAGAUAUUGCCAAGAGUGUUCUGGUGAGGGACUUUAAUGUAUUUCAUGAUAGGGGAAUUUUCGUUGACACCGUCGGUGAUCCGCUGAGCGGAGGCUUGUUCAGUCUGGAAGGCACCCAGUGGAGGGCGAUGCGCCAGAAGCUAACACCGACUUUUACCUCGGGUAGAAUGAGGUACAUGUACGGGACGGUGAUGGAAGUGGCACAAGAAAUGAAGAAGUUUUUAGCGGAAAAUUGCCACCGAGAGGAUUUAGUGAUGAAAGACGUGCUGCAGCGGUUUACGAUGGACGUAAUUGGUAAUGUGGCAUUCGGAAUUCAGUGUAACGCGAUGAACAUUCCUGACUCGGAUUUCGCUCGAAUGGGACGAAAGGCUUUCGAAGUUGAUGCGAUUCGGUUUAUUAAAUUUUUCGUCGGUGGACAGUAUAAAACGUUUUCGAAAAUGAUCGGUCUGAAGGUGGUGCCGCCGGAUGUGGCUAGUUUCUUCAUGAAAAUAGCGGAAAACACUGUACUUUUAAGAGAAAGUGAAAAUGUUAAAAGGAAUGAUUUCAUGAGCCUUUUACUUGAGAUUAAGAACAAAGGAAAAUUGAGCACUGAACCAAAUUCUGGUGGCGAAGGAAUAACCGUUGCGGAAAUGGCAGCACAAUGUUUUAUUUUCUUCACUGCCGGUUUUGAAACGUCCUCAACCACAAUGAACUUUUGUUUGUACGAGUUGGCCAUGAAUCCGGAGCUGCAGGAGCGUUUGAGGGGUGAAAUACGCGAAGCAAUUGCGAAGGAUGACGGAGCGUUGACUUAUGAGACACUGUUGGAAAUGGAUUUCCUAGAUAGAGUUGUCAGUGAAACCCUUCGGAAAUAUCCCCCGGUGGACAACGUGUUUCGAAUGACCGACAGACAGUACACUAUCCCGGAUACCCAAUAUACCAUUCCAGCUAAUACGUUCGUUCAAAUUCCGGUCUAUUCCAUGCAUCACGAUGCAGAAUAUUUCCCUGACCCGGAUCGCUUUGAUCCGGAUCGGUUUCUGCCGGCGGCAAUCCGAGAACGGCCUCCCUUCACGUAUCUGCCGUUCGGAGAGGGUCCUCGCAUUUGCAUUGGGCUACGAUUCGGCCAGAUGCUAGCUAAAAUAGGGUUGGUGACGCUACUGAAUAACUUCCGGUUCAGACCUACCCCGCAAACUCCGAAGAAGCUGGUGUUCCAUCCAAAAUUAUUUACUUUGUCUCCGAAAUCGGCAGUGUACCAUAAGAUCGAGCCGUUGCAGGGGUGAAAGGACCUCUCGUGAUUUUGGGUGAUUUUGAUGUCACGCAAAGAGAUGAAUUUAAGUAAAACUGACCAGUCGAGUUAAUCGAAUUUAAAAUAUUUUAGUUGUUUUACUGAGGAAAGCUAAAAGAGGCUAUCGUAAUAUUUCGAAUAUCCGGUGUUAUUUGCGUCAAUUCCAUGAAUGAAAUAAUACAGCAGAGUCUGUUUGAAAUAGGUUAUCUGCUUGAGUAAUCCCUUUAUAUGAAAUAAAUCAGUUUAAAGAACGUUAUAAA